UUGAGCCGAGGGACAGAGAGGAUGGGAAGAAAGAAAAUCAGUGCUGGAUAAUUGCGCAUAAACUCGCAGGGGCAAACUUAACGUGUUUAUUUGAAGGAUUCUUGUGGAGCGAGCGGAGGAGCAAUGUCCACGUCUAAUUUGGAAAUGUUCCAUCUGUCAUGGGUAUUGUUUUUUUAAAAUUAACGUGCUUUAAACUAAAGGAAGAGGAGUCGUUCCUCGGCCGCCUGAGGUGCGAAUAUUAAAAGAAAUCUUUAUAUUAUAAUGACAAUAGGAUAAUGAGUGUCAUGUCAAAAUAGUGCCACAUUAGUGAAUCUUUUUAACUAUAGAAUCCGCCCGCAAAAAGUCGUUGAACAGAGAAACAUCAAUAUGCAGCGUGGUUAAUGGCUCGCUACUCCAGUCCGGAUUUUCCAUGUGAGGCGCGCCGGAGCCCUGGAGGUGGAUAAGCUGGUAGAGCCCGCUCUCUCUAAUGCCAUGCUGGGCCACAAGGGCUCCGGGAGACGCUGCUACAUAUUACCGAGAACCGGGAUGGAGGAGAGGCGGAGGGGGGAAGAAAAAAAAGUUUCGUUUAAACCUGGCAGAGAAACUUUCAACAUGAAGCCUCACUGACGCACCGUUUCACCACAGCAGCUACAGCAGCGCUACAACAGAGCUUGCUUUUCCACUGAAUAUAUUUUUCACCUCCCAGCUUGUGUUUUCUUCCCCCUCUUGUAUUAUUUUCUGUGUUCAAGGCUGGUCGGGGCUUGCUGUCACUGCGCGCUGAAAUGUUGGAGUGAGCAUGGCUGCGCAAGUUGCAUCGGCUCCGACCAGAACUAAUAACAAAAAUAAGAAAUUAUCCAGCGGUUUGGGUCCGGAGCUCAAUUCGGGGAAAUCCGGAGGAGGAGGAGGAGGAGGAGGGAACGUACAGCGGACUGGACCGAUGCUGGGUGCUGGAGAUGGGACUCUGAAUAAUGUAGACCAUCACCGCCGAAACGAUCUCAACAUGGUUCAUUCAACUUCCACGACUCAUAACGCUCCGGACGGUCGCGACAAAGAUGGGAAUAACCUCGCGCCCACUACGACGAAUUCAACCACUUCCUCGAUAGAAACGGGUUUGAUCGCGAACCACAAGCUGAAAUGUGUGGGGAGCGGAGAUCCCCCUCAGUCUCAACCGUCGCCGCAGCAGCAGCAGCAGCCGCCGCCGCAAUUUGGCCAAUUUGCGCCACAUCAGCAGCGACAGAUUCAAAGUAACAACACCGCCAAUAACAACGGCCAGGGGCCCCAUGGGGACAGAGGUAUGGAUCACCAACACCACGGCGGAAAAGAGAACCUGUUGGGGGGGCAAGGGGAGCAACAGCAGCAGCACAUGUCAGGAAAAGGUGAGAGUGACCUCACCUGUAAACCCGCGGAGAGGAUGAUGGGUACAAGGUAUGAACACUCUAACUUGGGGCCAACUAGUAACAACUCUGAGUUUAAUAACAACUAUUACACUGCAAGGCCCUGUUAUGAGCAACAUGGCGGACAGCAGCAACAAAGCAGUGGGAUGGGGAUAACGCACUCCUCGGCGCAUAACAGCAUGGAGAACUCCCACGAAGCAGGGUACCACAACAGCCAGUAUAAUCAGUACCCAGCGUACCGGGCGGGUUACGGCGGCGGGGCCUACGGGAUGAUGGGUCCCUCUGGAUGCCGACAACCUGGGAACAUGAUGAUGAGCAGCAACUCCUCAGCAAGCCACAACAAGUCUCCCCUGGGAGCUGCUUCGGGUGGGUUUCAGAGGUUCACGGGACAAACCCAUCAGCAGCAGCAUCCUUCAGGGGCCACCCCGACGCUCAACCAGUUGCUGACGUCCCCCAGCCCCAUGAUGCGGGGUUAUGGUGGCGCGUACCAAGACUACAGCGGCUCCACGGUACAGCAAGGCGGCAUGGGCCUUGGGAAAGACGUGGGACCCCAGUAUGGAACCACCUCAGCCCACGGCUGGGGCGGACAGCAGAGAAACCACCCUCAUUCAAUGAGUCCAGGCAACGGAGGGCAAGGCCUCGGCAGGACGCAGGUGUCCUCCAUGGACUUCAUGGCUAUGAAGCGCUCCCAGCUGUACAGCAUGGCCAACAAUCCCUACUCCACCCCACAGCAGCCAGGGAGCGGGCCUUACCCUCCUAGCCAGACAUACACAUCACCUCCUCCACAUAGAUACCCAAUGAGCAUGCAGGGGAGGGGCCAAAUGAGCAUGGGCGGGAUGCAGUAUCCUCAACAGCAGCAGGUGGCGCCAUACGGUCAGCAGGGAAUGGGGGGUUACAGCCAGCAGCAGCAGGCGGGGCAGCAGGGAACCCCCACAUACUUCAGUCCCCCUCAGCAGACCCCUCCAGGCCCGACCCAGAGCCCCUACCUGCAGCCUCGACCACCUCCACAACAGGAGGCCCAGCAGGAGCCAUACAGCAGCAGGGGUCCUGCCCCAGGGAACUCUGGGAAGGCCAACAUCGAGGAUGGCGUCUCCCAUGACCGUCCAUCCAGCCUGCCGGAUCUGUCCGGCUCGAUUGAUGACCUCCCCACUGGGACAGAGGCUGGUUUAGGCUCAGCCGUCAGUGCCGGCGGCUCCUCCAGCAGCAGCAGCAGCAGCCAAGGGGAGCAGGGGGGGGCCAGUAACCAGGGACAGUCCCCCUUCUCUCCUCAUGCCUCUCCCCAUCUCCCCAGCCAGAGGAGCGGGCCCUCUCCCUCCCCUGUAGGAUCGCCCGCAGGCUCCACUCAGUCCCAGCAGUCGCGAUCAGGUUCUGGACCCAUCUCUCCUGCCAGUGGACCUCCCCCCAACACCACCGCACCGGGUUCCACUGUGACCCCACAGAACUCUGGGAAUGGUCCAGAUGGAGCCCACCCUCCAAUCACCCGCUCGCCUAUGGCUCAGGAGAGAGGGUUCAUGUCUAACAUACAGAGGAACCAGUCUAGCUCUCAGUUUGCUCCACCUCAGUCUGGACCUCCUAUGUCCCCCCACCCCACACCUGGGGGCCCAUUGUAUCCUGGGAUGGGUCCCUACUCCCAGAGCGGCCCCUCAGGCCCUUAUGGACCUCAAGGACCACAGUAUGGACAUCAAGGUAACUACCCUCGGCCCUCCAACUACAGCGGGACCAGCAGUAGCAGCUACAGCGGUCCCGGUCCUGGCAUGACCAACAAUCUAGGAAUGAAUGCUAGCAGCCCCAUGCACGGCCAGGGGCCCGGCCAGCCCAUACCUGUAGGACGCAGCCACGGACCAGGCAGCCAGAACAGGGUGUACCCGCCCAUGGCUCCCAGCUCUCCCAGCAUGCCCCAGCCAGCUGGGCCUGGGAUGGGCCCUCCUUCUUUGGGUAGUUCUAACCGCAAAGCCCAGGAGGCUGCCAACUCAACACACAACAGUCUGUUGACGCCGAUCUGCAGGCGGCCUCCGUAUGCGAGGUCCCCAGCCCAGAUGCAGCCACCCCAACCCACCUCCAUGCACUGGCCCCCAGCCCACCCUGCUCUUACCCGUCCACCUCCUUCAUCUCCUCCCAGAACUCACCAUCCACCCAUCCUGCCACCCCCACAUUCACAGCACAAUAGGCAUGGGAGCUAUCAAGGCCCUGGCAUCAGUCAGGUGAGCACCAUGGCUAGCACUGUCCCCUACAGCCAACCAACGGGAAACAACAGUUCAGAAGUUGGCAACACGCAAGGUCCAGCCUACAAUAUGCCACCUUCAGGAGCCAUGGGAUUGUCAGGAGACGGGAUGAUGAGCGCAGAUGGGAAAAUGAAAACAGACGUAAAAGAUGACAGCGGCCAAACCAACGAGCCUAACAAACCAAAGCUACAGGAUGGUUACAGCAACAACAACAACAGCAGCACUGGCUCCCAGCAGUGUGUGUCCCAGCCAGCCACGCCAGGCGGCGCCCUGCCAGUGCCCUCCCCUCUCUCACCCAGCCCAGCCAGCCUUUCCUCCUACCACGGAGACGACAGCGACAGCAUCAGCAGCCCCCCCUGGCCCCUCAAGACCCCCUCCAGUCCUAAAGCAAAUCCCAACUCGUCCUCCCUCAGUGGGGAGCGAAUCACACGGCUGUUUGAGCUGGGGGUGGAGCCAGAGAGGCGGGGCUGGGUGGAGCGAUACCUGAACUUCAUGGAGGAGAGGGGCACACCUGUUGCCCAGCUUCCUGCUGUGGGGAAGAAGCCGCUGGACCUCUGGAAGCUCUACGUAGCUGUUCGGGAAAUAGGAGGCCUCGCCAUGGUAAACAAGAACAAGAAGUGGCGCGAGCUUUCCACCAAUUUGAACGUCGGUACAUCCAGCAGCUCCGCCAGCUCUCUCAAGAAGCAGUACAUCCAGUAUCUGUUCGCCUAUGAGUGUAAGAUGGAGAGGGGAGAAGAGCCACCAGCAGACAGCAGCAGCAGCAGCAGCAGCAUAGCUGGAGGGGACGGCAGGAAGCAGGUCAAGAUCCAGCCACCCUCACCUGCCAAUUCCGGUGGCUCCCUCCAAGGCCCACAGACGCCCCAGUCCUCUGGCAGCAGCUCUACAGCCGAGGUAGCAGGGGAUCUGAAGCCCCCGACACCUGCCACCACCCCUCUGGGACAGGUCACACCACUGCCCCCCAACAGGAGCAGUGUGAGUAUACAGGACCCCUUCUCAGAGGUGAGCGACCCGGCCUUCCAAAAGCGUGCCACCUCCCUGCCCCCCUCAGCUCCUUACCAGCAAGGCCUCAGCAUGCCUGACAUGAUGAUGAGGAUGCAGUACGACACCAAGGACCCCUUUGCAGGGAUGAGGAAGAUGGCAGGAGCAGAUCCCUACAUGCCGAGCCAGAUGCCCGGCGGAGGUAUGCAGGACAUGUAUGGUCGGCCCCCGUCGGCCUUGAGCAUGAGCCAACGGUCACAGUAUCCAUACGGGACAAGUUAUGACAGGAGACCAGACCAUGUCAUGGGAAUGGAGGGGAACAUGGGUCCUCCUGGCAGUCAGAACAACAUGGGACCUUCUAACAGUGAGGGCAACAUGUACUCUCCCAGUAGAUACCCUUCACAGCAAAGACACGAUGGCUACAGUCAGCAGUAUCCCGGUUUGCCAUACGGGAUGCAUCCGUCUGGGAUGUACCCGCAGCAACAGCAUGGCUACAAACGGAGUAUGGAUGGCAUGUAUGGCCCCCCCCCCAAGAGACACGAAAGCGACAUGUACGCCAUGCAGUAUGCCAACCAGCAGCAGGACAUGUACAAUCACUACAGUGGUGGGUACUCAGGCCCUGAACACCGACCCAUCCAAGGACAGUUCCCCUUCCCCUACCCCCGCGAUCGCAUGGCCCCCUCAGGUCAGAGCCAGCACAGUAUGAUGGGUGGGGGGCCCACUCCUAACCAUGCUGCCGAUGGCCCCAACAUGUGGCCAUCCAGGACAGACCUUGGGUAUCCCUACCCCAAUAGACAGGGGCCACCGUCACAAAUGCCACCAUAUGGCUCAAUCAGUAGAGAUGACAUAGACGGGCGGCCCGGGCAGGAGCAGUGGCACCGCCAGUCUCCCUACAUGUCAUCAUCAGGUGGCAUGUCUACCCUGUCUUCACGCCAGCCAUCUUCUUAUUCCAACUCACCAUCCAUGGCUAACCACCUGCCCAGAGCACCCAGUCCAGGGGCCUUCCAGCGUUCCAUGGAUUCGAGGAUGUCACCCAGCAAAGCACCGUUCAUGUCACCCAUGAAGAUGCCCAAGCCUGGGAUGCCCAUGUUGGGCUCACAGGGCAGUGGACCCCUUUGCCAGUUUCCUCCAAACCUGAGACGAGACCUCAACUACCCACCAGGAUCAGUGGAAGCUACCAUGUCGAUUCUCAAACCCCGACGGAAGCUCAACUCCAAAGACACUGGAACGCCUGAGGCCUGGCGUGUGAUGAUGUCUCUGAAGUCUGGCCUUCUGGCAGAGAGCGCAUGGGCUCUAGACACCAUCAACAUCCUGCUGUACGAUGACAGCACUGUGGCCUCCUUUAACCUCUCCCAGUUGCCUGGAUUCCUUGAGCUGAUUGUGGAGUACUUUCGUCGUUUCUUGAUCGAGAUCUUUGGCAUCCUGAAAGAGUUUGAGGUGGGGACUGUGGCUGAGAAAAGCUUUUUGGACUCUGCUUCUGAUCAGAAAGAAGAAGCCGUCCCUGACCAAGAAACAGACUCUGCUGUCCAACCUGAACCUGAGUCGACUCCGGGAGCAGAAACACAAGUGGAGCAAGCAGGAGGCAUCGUGGAGGAAGCUCUACCAGUCACUGCAGAGACAGCACAGGUGAACGGUGAGAAGGAGAAACCUGAAGCAGCCAUAAAGAUGGAGGAGAAAGAAGAGGAAGAGAAAAAUGAAAAAGGAGAAGAGAGUAAAAAGGAGUGUGUUGACCAGCCUGUGACAGAGCUUGAACCUAAACCUAAACAAGCCAGUAAAUAUGAUAAGCUCCCCAUCAAGAUUGUCCACAAAGAGGACCUGAUUGAAGACGUGACAGAGCGCUUAGGUUAUAUCACUGAGUUCACCACUGGGUUGCUACACUGGCAGGCAGGUGGAGGUGAUUCCACAGCACACAUUCAGACACAGUUUGAACCCCGGCGUGAACCACCUGCCAGGGCAGAUGAAAAGACAAAACAAAACAAAGAGGAAAUAAAGGUGGACCAUGGGAAGAAUCAUCCACUGAAACGUAUCACUGCUACUAUUGAUGAUGUCCUGUGUGCUCGGGUUGACGCCCUUUCUUAUGCACACCCUGCACGCUCCUUGCCAUCCUACCCCUUCAGGGUGCAUUCAGAUGGGGAGCAGGACCACAUCACCCUGCUGGAGGAUGAGCCUCGCUGCCUGGACGAGGCUCCGCUCUCCACAACCUCUGCCUGGCAGGACUCGCUUGCCAAGAGAUGUCUCUGCGUCUCCAACAUUGUCCGGAGCCUCUCCUUCAUCCCGGGGAAUGACUUGGACAUGUCACGCCACCCUGCUCUGGUUCUUCUUUUAGGCAGGCUGCUCCUGCUGCACCACCAGCACCCGGAGAGGAACAGGUCACCCCCCAGCUACCAGAGAGAUGACCUACAGGAGCGGGGCCUGUCCAGUAGCAAAGAGGAGUGGUGGUGGGAGUGUCUGAGUCUGCUCAGGGAGAAUGCCAUGGUUACACUUGCCAACAUCUCUGGUCAGUUGGAUCUCUCCACCUACCCAGACACGAUCUGCCUCCCGAUCUUGGAUGGCCUUCUCCACUGGAUGGUGUGUCCUUCAGCUGAAGCCCAGGACCCGUUCCCAUCAGCUGCACCCCACUCCCAGCUCACUCCCCAGAGACUGGUGCUGGAAUGCCUCUGCAAACUGAGCAUCCUGGGUGGUAACGUUGACCUCCUGCUAGCUACGCCGCCCUUCAGCCGACAGGAGAAACUCUUCACCGUCUUGGUCCGCUACGUGGGUCAGAGGAAGGCCCAGGUGUACCGGGAAAUGGCAGUAGCUGUUCUCUCCCACCUGGCACAAGGAGACCCCACAGCUGCACGUGCCAUAGCCAUGCAGAAGGGCAGCGUGGGUAAUUUGGUGGGAUUCUUGGAGGAUGGUGUUAGCAUGGCACAGUACCAGCAGAAUCCUCACAGCUUGCUGCACAUGGGGCACCCCCCUAUGGAUCCACCUAGCAUAAACAUGAUGUGCAGAGCAGCUAAAGCCCUCUUGGCUAUGUCUCAAGUGGAAGAGAACAAGAUAGAGUUUGUGCUGUAUGAAAGCAGAUUAUUAGACAUCUCCAUUUCCUCUGUACUCAACACGGGAGUGGUGGCUAUUAUUUGCCAAGUUCUCUUUCACUUAGGGAAAUCAUGACAAGAGGAGAGGCAGGACUCACAUGACAGACACUAAGGCGGACAAGAUAUUCCUGUGGUUUUCUAUUUUAUUUAUCAAAAUGACAGAAAAUGUUUGUUUUUUUAAAGAAGUAUCCACAUAAAAAAAAAUAUCUCUAUAUAUGUAUAGCUUCUGAGCACUCUGAAAACAGUGGGUUUGGGAUUUGAAAGCUCAUUUUAAUACAAAUAUUUAAUACCUGCUGGUGUUGGAUGGCUACGUUUGAUAUUUUGUUUGGCAUCUGUUUUAGUUUGUUUACUUUUUCAGCCAAAGCUGCCACCAGAUUUUGGUGCUGAAUUAUGUGGUUCCUUUUGAGUCGAUGAGUCGUCGGGAUGUUUUUCAGUUUUAUAAAUGCUAAUAUACUCAUCAACAUUUUGUUAAUGGAGAAUAUUUAUUUAAAAUGUGACACUGUACAGUAGUUUGAACUUUUUUGCCAAUGCUCGUGGGGGGAAACAAACACUGACUUUUUAAAUUGAAAUGUAUAUGUCUCCAUCGCUGGAAGAUAAAUUGUGCAAUAGGACUAGAGCAAAUUGUCCCUUUUUGAGAACAAGAUGUAAAUCUCCUGCAGUGUGUGCUUUAGGCCAUGAGGAGGCAGCAUUGCACCAGCCAAUCAACAUGAGAGAAGAACGUCUGUCAAAAGAAGUGUCUAAUUUAUCAAUCAUAGCCUCAACGACUUUCACAGAUGAACUUUGUGCUUCCUAAGCACUUGUGUUACGUCUGUAUUUUUUCAUCACUGUGUAUACAGACUGUUGUACAAUGGACGCACAUGAUUCUUUCAGUCUCAAUCAAGCUUAGCAAGAGAUGGGACUUUGUGACUAUUAUAACAAAUGCUUUUAUUGUUGGUAAAAUUUGUUAUUGUUAUUAUACAUAUUUUGUUAAAGGGGUCAAAUAUUUGAACAUGGCAGAUGUAACUGAUGUUUCGAUGUAAAAAUUCCUGUAUGCAUUGUAUUAUAGCUGAGAAAACAAUCGCUUUGGUAAUCAAAUGUGGAAGUGCCAGGGUGAGAGGAUAUCUGGGUGAGGUUACAUAAGAAAACUGAACACAUUUCUGUUUGUUACUGUCCUCCAUUCAUGUCAAUGGGCGUAUUUUUGAAUCUAGAUAAUGCUCUAAAAGAAACAUGUGAAAAGAACUUUCAAAAUGUCCUGAGAGCUCAUUGUAAAAUUUGCCUUUUUCGUAUAUGAUUCCAUGUCUCUCUUUUAUUCAGUAUACACAUUUAUACUCUGUGCUGCACAUGUCACAAAUAAAUGUACGAUGAACAUCGUUAAGCACCAGAGACGUUGCAUUAUGUCCAGACAAUCUUAGGCCAAUAAAACAAACAUCAGCUGCUUA